AUGGCCAUGGGAACUUGUAGUAGAGAAUACAAAAGAGCUGUCAUGCGAAAUACAGCAGCAGGAGGUAACUUGCAGAAUAGUUUAGACAGCCUCGAAGAUCAGAAGAAGCGUCUCGUGCGCUCUUUUGAGGAGAAGAAGCUGAAUUUUAUAGAAAAAAAAGGAACACUUCCAAAACUUUUCUCUUCGCUCGGGCACACUGGAGGAAUGGAGCGCAGCAAACGUGGUCAACUAACGAAACAGCUUUCAGAUAGUUCAGCGUUAAAUGAGUCUCGUGAAAGGAGAUUGAAGGAAACAUUCUCAUCUACGAACGACAUGGUGAAUUUUAACAAGCAAAACCAUCAAAUAUCAAAUACUGCAGCAGAGCAAGACGACACUCUGUUGCCGCCUGCCAUAGGAUCCGGUGCACGACUACAAUACUCUGCGGGGCGAAGGAGACACAGCGAUAACCUCUCGAGCGAGAAGCCGAAAACACCAUUAGCACCAACCCUCUCGUUACCAUCAGAAUCAACAGAAUGGAAAGAAGAGCAGGAGGCAUAUGGCUCCGACCCAGAGCUGGGUACAUUCAAGACCAGAUUAAGAGUUCCAGCUCCUUACACAAGUCUGGGGACGCAGUUGCCACUUUCACCACUUCUACAAAGGAAGGCCUCACGCCCCUCCAAGCCUCAGUUAAGUCCUUUAGACGUGGCAGCAGAAAGGCAAUGUGUAUCGCUGCCUGCCUCUCCCCGUUUUCAGCGCCGACGUGCAGAGAGCUGGGACCAGGCAAAAAGCCAAGAGUUGAGGUUAAAUGAUUUUGCAGAGUUCUCGAGCGAAGGACCGAAACUUCGCUCGAUGAGCUUGGCUUGUGAGAAAAUCGAAAGCGGCAAACAGGUAACUCUUCUCAUUAUAUGAAUUCUGUUUGAGAUGAGUAAAGGGGUGCAGGGGGGCAUGGUUUUAGAAAUACAUCUGAUCUAAUUACGAAGUACAUUUUUUUUUUACUUGGUCACGGCUGAGUUAGUUGAGAAUACGAAUGGCCUGUAAAUGAGCCUGUACAACACGAUAACUAACCAGCCUUAUCUGCGCGAACUCGAAUCUGGUCGAGGGGAGAAUAUUUGUAAUGCUAGCUCUAUAGGCGUUCACAAAUUUUAUCAAUUUUUUGCCUUAGUGUUGAUACUGAAAGACGCAUCACUGCAGGGGGUAAUUUCUUGAGUUUAAGUCUUAAAGUAGUGCCAGACAUAAACAAAAUUAAUUUGUACUUUGUACUCUCUGUGUACAAGUUUUAUUAUGUAAAUGAUUGUAAGUGGUGUUUGUCCCGUAUUGUAAAUUGCUCUUCUGUGACUCAGUUGAAUGUCUCUAGUAAGGAGAGUCACGAAGUGCAAACAAGUUCGCGAGACCCUUCGAUUUUGGACAGACCAUUUUCUACUCUUCUAACUGGGGCUAACAUCCUAGACUGUGUACCACGGUCCGGAUACCGAAACAUGAAAAUCUAAAGGUCACGGAAUAUAUUUUGGUUUCAUAUCUCUCUUAGUACUGAGUUGUUUCAUUAAAAGCCGGUUACUAGCGAUCUACCACCGCUUAAGACCUCUUAUCGCCGUCUGCUUCUCCUGCGAGCAGGCUGAUCAGUUUGGGUUUCGCCUUUGGCCCCUUUUCAAGGAACAGCUGAUUGUUACAUCAUCGACAGCCGCUUAUGGGAAAAAGUUAUUAAUACCUAUAAAACCAUAUCAUGCAUAGAAAUGUUCAAAUGUCAUUAGAGAUUUACAAAGUUCAAACAGGAAGCUUAUCUUUUUCGACAUUUAAAAAAUGAAAAGCUCAAAAUGAGUACGAAAAAAAAAUACUACAAUAGGUUAAAAACAUAUUUUUUAAUAAUUCAACUCUCAAAUUUGCAACAACAAUAGCACUAAUAUUAGUAUGGUUCUCAUGGGAUUUAUAACGCUUAGAGCUGAUUACUUUGAUCUAUUUUUUACACAUUUAAAACAAGACUAAACUAGGAAAUUGAUAGCCUUGAAUCAAUCUGCUGCUUUUCUGACCUGUACCCUCUCUCUUUGACUUGCACAAAAGUUUAAUUAAAAAGCGCGAGAAUUACGACUGAGAACUCAAGUUGCACGAGUGUAAGUGACGCAAUUGUCACUCUAGGAAACGCUAAUGAGUUUACUUCUUUUUGUUUGACCCUGGAAUAAGAUAAGGGAAGUACCGACCACUCAUUCGCACAUUCCUCGUUUUAAUAGUUGUUUGGGCGAGGCUUUAUCAUCAAAUGUUUGGUUUUAACACAUUGACGAUAAGUAGAUCAAGCCGUAAAACGAUUGGUAAAAUGACUACUGUCUUCCGGCUGUUGUGAAUUCCCUCACGGGACGCAUAAAGGGAUUUUAUUUCUUUUGUUUUUUGCAACAAAGAGCUUGAGAUGUGAGCGUUGAGUCAUUCUCGAAAAGAAGCUUUAAGCUAACUGCAAACUGCUAUCUUAACUACUAAGUUGUGUUUCAAUCAUCUUGAAAGUGGCAAAAAGUUCCUUAGUUCUGUAUGGUCUCAAUGGCGCAUAGCAUAUCCUUCAAAGACUUGAUCAAGAACGAUGCCAUGUCUAGCGAUAAGAUUAAAAAGGCUAUUGACAUUAAUUCUAUCUACGACGAAGACUUGAGGAAAGAUCUUUCAACUCUACAGAAAGAAAGAAAGUCUUUAAUGCAAUCGUUGACCAAAAAGAAGCUAGAUUUCAUUCGUAAAUGCAAACUACCAUCAAUUCACCAAACACACUCGCAGACGGAGUCUGACAACGCAGCAAUCCAGAAAAAAGUUGCCGAGUUCUGUUUUGGUUCCUCUAGUAAUUCUACACCUCAGCGCAACACUGCUUCACCGGCGCCUUCAGAAGCGCGCCCUUGGAGUCAACCUUCGAGUAAAGAAAUGGGUAAAUUAUAUUACCGCCAAAGAAGUUUCACGUCUGAAAAAGAUUUCAUGUUAGAAGAAGAUGACACAUUAGAACAGGGGGACAUCAAUCGUUUUCCAAGUGCUGAUCAAGGAGCAACAAACGCCAUAAAGGCAAGGAAUGCCUCUGGUUCAACAAGUUUUAAGAUUUCCUCGCCAGGAAUAGGCCUACCAGCAACACGUUCUCCAACACUAUCUCGGUUAAGUAAUUUAAAUGACUUGGUCCAAAACCGAUCUCUACCGAAUUCGCCCAUUGUCCUAAGACGACGCGCUUUCACGUUGGACUCGAACUUUGGUAGAAGUCAGAGUACUGAUUUUAAAGUUGCCUUGGGGCGAUCACAAUCAACUCCAGCAACUAAACAAGGUAUGCGACAUCGAACGGAGUCAUCGCCAAUUGACCUCGAGGUAAGUUUGCUCUAUGGGAAUCUGGAUUUGUCGCGUGGAGUGAUUUUGUGAUAAGCAUUGCAUGAUCAUGAUGUACAAACUCGAGAAAAUAAUUUUUGUCCGAUCUUGGUGUGAGUAGGUUGAUCAAUAUCGACUGCACGAAUAGAGACUACGAUUUCCUUUCUACAAGCAGGAUUCAGCAUGACAACACCAUUUCUUUUAAAAUUUAUAGCCACAUGUCAUAAUUUAUCAAACAUAUGUGUAACGCCAGAGGAAAUUCGUAAGCUACCUAUUGAAACCUCCUGGAUAGAAAAGGUUUUGUCUUGAAUAUAUUGUUGUAUACAAAUGGGCAAUUUAUGUCCAAACUGACCAUUUCUGUAAGAUGAACAUUCUUGAAUACUGAAAGAGUGUCCAGAGCCUAAUUCCAGAGGGGCACAAACUUCGCACUUUCUUUUUAUUGACUCUUAGGCCACAAAAUGGGUGGAUGGUUUUUUUUGAUAAUUAUGAUAAAUGAUGGAUUAAAUAUCAUAAUCAGUUGAUGUUCUGUUCCAACAUUGUAGUGCUCCUAGACUUUGUCAGGUAAAGUUAACAAAUCUGAUCAUGUAGUUGGCAAUUUUGUUCAGAUCCUGCGCUUGAAUCAGCCCUUCAUUCUUGAGAAUCUUUGGUGGAUAAUUUUAUCUCUGUUGUCACUUAACAAGAGGAUUUAAACAAAGAGGCUCUUUCCAUAUAUUCAACUGAGCCACAGAAGAGCAAUUUACAAUACGGGGCAAACAUCACUUACAAUCAUUUACAUAAUAAAGCUUGUACACAGAGAGUACAAAAUACAAAUAAAUUUUGUUUAUGUCUGACACUACUUUAAGACUUAAACUCAAGAAAUUACCCCCUGCAGUGAUGCGUCUUUCAGUAUCAACGCUAACGCAAAAAUUGAUAAAAUUUGUGAACGCCCAUAGACACAAAAUACAGUCAACAAUUAUUUCAUAACUGACUCUGUUUAAUAAUUUCAUAAUUCCAAGUUCAAUGAGAGGUACAGUAGGUCACAAUACAACUGCACCACUAAACACACCAAAUUUUAUUUUAACCUAUAAAUCUCUCAGAAUGGGAAACACCAGCGGGCAGACUCAGCGCGCAGACUCAGGGUCAAGCGGUCCAGGCUCGAGACCCAUGGCUCUCCAAGUUAUAAUAUUAUGCUCUUGGGGAAGACACUGUACCGCACAAUGUCUGUCUUCAUCCAGGAAUGUGAAUAGGGACCAAACCUUUCGAUAAACCGGGGAGGGGUGGUGAGGGGGAUUUGUUUUAAACUAGUAUCCCAUUUAUGAGAAGAAGCGUUAGUCCUAGUUGUAUCAUGUUACGAAAACUGUUAUAGGCUCUAGCGCCUUAUGAGUUAGCUGGAGUGUAUGUUUUACAUUUUACCUUAUAGCUCUUUGAGUAUUGGGGUUAACCUUAUUUUGAAAAUAAGAAUUUCUCCCCAUUUAUGUAAAUUCAUUAACUAGUAGAAAGCUUAUGUCUUUCAAUAUCAAUUCACGACCCUCCAAUUAAUUCUACAUUCAUGUAUCUAACAACCAAACCAAUCCUAGGACCUGGUGAGGAUAGAUUAAGUUUAGUGAAAGUAGGUUAAGUGGCAAGCAUGGCUACUUGACCUGUGUGUAAAGAAAUUGUAUCUCUUAUGGUUCAAGUUAUUUCUGGAUUAAAAAACUUCAGAAGAGUUUGAUUUUUUUCCCCUUGUCUAGUAUCUAAAAAGGAAAAUUGAAAAAAAGAAUUUGAGAAAAAAAAAUGAACCACAGCACAUCCAAUCUCCUCCUGUGCUUUCUGCACUGCUUGUUCACUUUUAUAUCUCAUGCUCCAGUUGAAAUUUCAUAUCAAAACCAGGUUCCUUGUCCUGAUUGUUCUUUGCUGUCCACGUUUCAGGAUGUAGGGAAGCUGCCACCGCGUGUACCAGCGUCACCACAAAUUUCCCCACGAAGACAGCGCGGUUUUCAACCUCUUGGGGCUGACCAAUUACAGUCUUCUCCUCAAGAGGGUUCAUUUAUUUUACCAAAACUGGAAGCACGAGGUUCAUUAUCUAGUAUGUUGGACGAAAAUGGGAAAGAGAGAGUCCAGAGACGAGUGUUCAGUCUAGUGGCAGAUAAUGCUACAAGAGAAACAUCCCCGCGGAGAGAAGCACUCGAACUACAAAAUCUGUCUCCCAGGACAGAAAGAAAACUCAGGAACUUCUUAAAUUCCGAGAACGGAUGGCUAACCGGGUUUUCCUCUAAGCAUGAGGGGCUUGAAGAUAUAGUGGAAGAUGGCAAAGGCCUACAAAGACCAGAAGCAGAAGACGAGGAGUGUACUUGGAACAGCGAUAUUGAUGACGAUGAUGACGAAACAAUUGGUCAAAAGAAGAUUCAUUCACUGGAGGAGAUUAAACACACGCGUUAUCUGCGCAUGAAGUCACCAGUUCAUUGGCUACCGAAAAUGGGAAAUGUGCCAAAGCAUUUGCUUUCGUCGUCGAUUAUUGUAGGACACACGAAAGUAGGUUUCGAAUCAAUUUCCCGACCUCAGAGAGAUAAAGAUGUCGAUAACCUUGAUGAGAGCGUGAGCUGUGAUGAAAUAGAAAACAGCGAGGAGGGGAAUGAAACUGAUGGAGAAUCCAAACUGGAGCCAAAGAAAAACGAAAACAACAAUGAAACUUAUUGGGAUAAUUCAGAGCUUAAGGAGAACUCAACUAGCGGUUGCAAUUAGUGUUGCUCAGGCUGGAUGAAGG